AUGGACAAAUCAUCGGCCAACGCUUUCUACAACUACCCUGAGCUGGAGUCAAUUCGUCUGCUGUUCGAGCUCAUGACAGAUCCUUCUCGUUACAACCAUGCCUUGGAGUCCUUCAUCUCGAGAGUCACUUGUAGACUUGGGUGGGGAACUGCAGCUCCCUCUGACGAACUCAAACAGCGAGCCAGAGAAUUGCUUAUAGGUGUAUCUCCAAACGGCGCGCUUACAAACAAACUCGGCUUUCUCAAGAAACUUCCCGAGGCUGUUGUACCAGCAAAAGCAUGGGAGUUUCGCAGAUACAGGACCGAAAGCCGCUUUUUCACCAUCCUGCAGAACGAGGUCAGAGAGAAGCUCAAAAGCAAGACAGCCCCAGAGUCCUGGAUGCGCCACUUCCUGGAGAACAAGGCUGCUACCGGAUUCGCUUCCGAUCUGGAAGGCGCCUACGCUGUAGGUAUGCACGGAAUCGCUGGUGCUCUCACUAUCGCCGCACCAAUGCAGAGUUUCUGUCUCGCCAUGUGUCAUCAUCCUCAGUAUCAGUCUAUCCUACAUGAGGAGAUAGACAAGGUCUGCGGUGAUAGAUUGCCAAAGCUUAGCGAUAUGCCUGAUAUGCCUGUUCUGCGAGCCUUCAUCAGAGAGACCAUGCGAGUAAGUUGA